AUGGGACGCCCCCCAAAGAUCGUGAGUCAAGAGAACAUCGAGCGGUUCCAGCUGGAACUGGAGCUCGCUGGCCAGGAUGCUGAGCUCCUUUUGAAGGAUAAGAAAGGAAGGUCCCGGUCAUGCUUGUUAUGUCAAAGGCGAAAGAGGCGUUGCGACCAUAAGAUGCCAAGUUGCACGGCUUGCUUGAAAGCUGCAGUGAAGUGCAUACAGCCUGCAAAGUAUGUGGGUAGGUCUCCGCGCUCAAACACGCCGUCACAGUCUCCACAGCCUCAGGAGCGAGCCCGCUCGCAAACUUAUCCGAACAACGAGAAAAAUGAGUACACAGCAUUCCUUGAGAAAAAGCUCAAGUACUUAGAAAAGCUGUUUGAGCUUCCUCCUAAUGGAACCCCAUUCAAAAACCGGCUAUCGAACUACAAGCGGAUUGCGCAUUUGCUCGACGGCCAGAGCAAUAAUGCUUUAGAACUUCCAGCGCCUACUUACUCUAACUCUGUGCCGCUCCCAUCAAGCACUUCCUCGCCUAUUUUGCCACCUCCCCAAACUGUCAAAUUUUUCCCUCUUCAGCCCGAUAACCUCUCGGCUGGUAAAUCUCCCUUGAGCGCCCAUCCUAUUGCGUCUCUUGCUGCUCUUACAUCCGACUCCCUCGAGUCAAUAGACUUCUCUCAAUGCAUCUUUGCAAAGUACUGUUUGAAGGACUUUCUCUCCUAUGAUCCUGCUUUUGAGUUUGAGGAGCAGUUGUCGCGAGCAUUUUUAGACACCUACUUCACAAGGCUACAAUUCAAGUACCCGUUGCUCGAUGAACAGGAAAUCUAUAAUUUCCACGACGACUACAUUAACAACAAUGUUCACUCAUACUCCACCAAUGAGUUCCACUUUGCUUGCGGCAGGAUGUGGCUCAUUUUUAGCAUCAGUGCAUGUCUGCAGAUGUCGACGGGAAAAUACAGAGGAUUGCUACCAAACAGAUAUUUCUCCACAGCUAUUCGUCAUAUCACAAAAUGUGGCAGCAACCUAACGUACAUUCAGCAAGUUGAGGUGCUCUCGCUCCUUCUCUUGUACAUUAUACGCACUGACCGGGACUCUAGUGGACUUUAUGAAAUCAUAAAAGACGUUAUGGCGAUCUGUAAAAACAAGUUAUUUCUCAACCGAUGGAAUCAGCAUGAUAUCUUCAGAAAUAAAAAGCUUCGCUUGUUUUGGUGUGUUUACUCAUUGGAAAGGAUGAUAUGUGUCGCAGUAGGGAAGCCUUACACAAUUUCAGAAGCAGAAAUUGAUCUUCCUCUGUUUGAUAACGUUAGUUUCAACCAUAACUCAACUGGCGACCACAAACGACAAAAAAAGGACAUUCACUUCAUUAAUCAGUCACUGAAGCUUAGAAGAAUAGAGUCUCAAUUUGUGGAAAGUUUGCAAAUCAUACCUCAAACCCCCUCUAAGGCCAAGGAUACUCACAAAACAACUGCAGAGCUGGCGAAACAAUUACCACAGGUUCGGAAGUACUUUCGCGAUCUGGAAGUUUGGAGAGCUGGCUGUUCGACUUGUCAAGUUCACAGUUUUGAAAAUGAAACUUUGAGACUUUAUUAUUUCAGAUCAGUAAGGCUGCUUAUACAGCCAUACCUCGAAUUGUUAGAACCAGAAAACAGAUUGUUUCGUGAAUGUCAGGCUGCUGCGGGUCAAAUUUGCCAGCUAUACAAGAUCGUGCAUCAGAAAACAGUGCACGGCCACUCUACCCCUGCAGUGCACACGGUCUUCGUAGCUGGUGUGACCCUAAUUUACUGUAUGUGGUUGACAAGAAACCUUGAAGAUGAAAGAAGGAGGAAGUUAGGAGAUGUUUCAAAGCACACUCGGCCCAUGGUUAGUGCUAGUUUAUUCUCUACAAUGGAUGAUCUUCGGGCGUGCUCGGUUUGCUUAUAUGUUAUGGCAGAAAGGUCGAAAUUUGCCAUAGCAUUUAGAGACACUUUUGAUCAAUUAAUGAACGCAACAAUAGGCAAUUUGAUCGAGCGGUGCGGGCCCGACUCUUCUGAGCUAAUUUAUGUUAACAGCUUUUCAAGUGACAGCGAUCUUAAUUACGAUAUAUCAGAGGAGGAACAGAACGAGGCGGCUGGUGGAGGCAUCGCCUUAGGUAGUCAAGAGGGCAUGCCCCCCGCAAUUAGAAGGACGUUUGGGACAGCUUCUGGUACACAACACGUUAGCAUAGGAGGUAGCUCCCAGGUGGAUCCUGAGGAACAGAGGGCGCUGAGAAAGAAACAGGGUGAUCUCCAGAAAGCGACAGUACCAAAGAAACUGUCACACCUACUUAUCAAGCCCGAUGACGAAGACGAAGAUGACGACAUAAACUAUGGAGGUCACGAAAUGAAGAGGAAAGCAAGCUCUCAUGGAAGACAUCAAUCUGAAAAGGAAAAAUACGUUGUAAAAAAAUCUGCACGUAUUACAGAGUCAGACUGGCAGGCGUUUCAACAACAGGCGCUGUUACAGCAACACCACGCUCAGCAAACUUUGCAGGCGUAUCUGUCUUCACUCAAUAGUAAGGUCGGUGAUCGUAACCAAGAAGUCAUGAACGCAGGGAAGCCUUUAGUUGGGCCUGGUGGCCCUAGGAUUGGCAAGGAAUUGAUUGCACCUUUAAACGGUCCUCACGAAAAGCCCCAACCUGUUAAAAUUGAUUUCCAUGCCGCAAACUCCCAGACAUGGCUAAAUCAAAAUGGAAACGUCCAAGAGGAGGGAGCUCGAGCGGAGGGUUCAAGCCGAAACUUACACCCUGGGGCUGCGGCCACAGCGGGUGCACUGAAGCCAAUUGGUGUUUUUUCGCCCUCAGAUAUGGACUACAGUGGGAUUUUAUUUAAUAACGGUGCCCACACUAUGAUUAACAACAUAUCUACAUGGACUAAUGAUUCUGUUGCCGAUCUCUUGAAUAACGCUCAAUUGGAUCCAGGCCAAGUUGCAGACAGUCAUGCUGCCGCUGAAAUGAACAACGAUGGUAGAUUCCAGCCGGCUGAUGCACAGUGGAAAGGAGGUAAUGCUGCGCCUGGUCCAGGACAUUCGGACAUGUCAAUAAACACACAAUUACAGCAUCAGCAACAAAACCAACCACAGCAGCAUCAACUGCAACAAAACCUUCAGCAGCAGCAACAACAACUGCAACAAAACCAACCACAGCAGCAACAACUGCAACAAAACCUUCAGCAGCAGCAAUUAUUGCGGCCUCUUUCCCAGCCUCCUAGAGGUGUACUCCAGUCAGAUUUACUCUUUGGAACGCCAGCCGAAGAUUUCUGGACGGCCAAUGAAGGUUGCGGAUUUUUGGCUUGA